GCACAGAAAUCGUGGAUCGAGAGAGCCUUCAACAAGAGAGAAUGUGUUCAUAUCAUAGUGAGCACCAAAGACCCCCAUAGGUAAGUGAAAAGUAUUAGAAUACAACUUUGUUGUUUAAUGUGAAUGGGAAAUUCAUAUUUUUGCUGUCUUACACUAUAUAUAUAAAAGUAUGUCGUCACCCCUUCAAAUUAGUGGAUACGGCUAUUUCAGCCACUCCUGUUGCUGAAGUGUAUAAAAUCGAGCACACAGCCAUGCAAUCUCCAUAGAUGAACAUUUGCAGUAGAAUGGCCUUACUGAAGAGCUCAAUGACAUUCAACGUGGCACCGUCAUAGGACGCCACUUUCCAACAAGUCAGUUUGUCAAAUUUCGGCCCUGCUAGAGCUGCCUUGGUCAACUGUAAGUGCUGUUAUUGUGAAGUGGAGACGUCUAGGAGCAACAACGGCUCAGCUGCGAAUUGGUAGGCCACACAAGCUCACAGAACGGGACCGCCGAGUGCUGAAGCGCGUAGUGCAUUAAAAUUGUCUGUCCUUGGUUGCAACACUCACUACCGAGUUCCAAACUGCCUCUGGAAGCAAGGUCAGCACAAGAACUGUUCGUCGGGAGCUUCAUGAAAUGGGAUCCAUGGCCGAGCAGCCGCACACAAGCCUAAGAUCACCAUGCGCAAUGCCAAGCGUCGGCUGGAGUGGUGUAAAGCUUGCCGCCAUUGGAGGGAUGAAUCACGUUUCACCAUCUGGCAGUCCGACGGAUGAAUCUGGGUUUGGUGGAUGCCAGGAGAAUGCUACCUGCCCGAAUGCAUAGUUCCAACUGUUAAGUUUGGUGGAGGAGGAAUAAUGGUCUCGGGCUGUUUUUCCUGGUUCGGGCUAGGCCCCUUAGUUCCAGUGAAGGGAAAUCUUAAUGCUGCAGCACACAAUGACAUUCUAGAAGAUUCUGUGCUUCCAACAUUGUGGCAACAGUUUGGAGAAGGCCCUUUCCUGUUUCAGCAUGACAAUGCCCCCGUGCACAAAGCGAGGUCCAUACAGAAAUGGUUUGUCAAGAUCGGUGUGGAAGAACUUGACUGGCCUGCACAGAGCCCUGACCUCAACCCUUUGGGAUGAAUUGGAAAGCCGACUGCGAGCCAGGCCUAAUCGCCCAACAUCCGUGCCCGACCUCACUAAUGCUCUUGUGGCUGAAUGGAAGCAAGUCACCGCAGAAAUGUUCCAACAUCUAGAGGAAAGUCUUCCCAGAAGAGUGGAGGCUGUUAUAGCAGCAAAUGGGGGACAAACUCCAUAUUAAUGCCCAUGACUUUGAAUGUUCGACGAGCAGGUGUCCACAUACUUUUGGUCAUGUAUUGUAUGUUAUCCCCAAUCUCCCGAACACCACACAUGGCAUUGUGGAAGCAGCAUACAUGGUUGCCAAGUAUACAAGCAGCUGUGUUAGAAAUUAGCAGAAUUGUUCAAUAUUUCCUGGCCAAAUCAACUCAAAGACUUCGUUUGAAGUUACUUAAAGGUGAUUUGCCCCCCAGCUCUUCAAUUUAUUUGUAGCUAGAGGUGGCUAAAGUUAGCUGUUUAAAGAAAUCAGAACUGUGAAUUACUGCCAGGCUAAGGAACCAUAUAACUGUAAUGUCUAAAACAUCAAACUUUCUAAACUUCACCACACAUAAAUGAGACUUAGCUUGACUGAGUCUCAUUCACAUUUUAUUUGACCUUUAUUUUAGCAGGGAGCCCCAUUGAGACCAAGGUCUCUUUAGCAAGGGAGCCCUGCAGAUGUUUCAUUCUAAAACAAAAUGGAGGUAUCUCUAAAGGACUUUAUUAAAUAUGUGAAUAUUUAAAUGAAUCUGCCAUAUGUUCUGCAUACGUGAACAUUCAGAACAAGCAUAGCAAACACACAUUAAAAUGCUGUGAAUCACCUAAAUCACUCUAUUUCUAGGGAGUUACAUCACACUGACAAAAAGCAUGUGAUUGGUAGAACGUAACACUUGUCACAGACAUAUUUCUGCAUUAAAUAAACCAUGCUUUCAAGAACCAUGUGUCAAAAAUGACAUGUAAUGAAGCAGUGAAAACAGAAUAAGUAAAGCUCCAGGAUCAAAUUGUUACUCAUCUGUAAAAACUGGGUCGACAACAUGCAAGUGAAGAGAAAUUAUGUUUUUCUUUGAUCUCAGGCCGGCGUUUACAGUGGGGGAAAAAAGUAUUUAGUCAGCCACCAAUUGUGCAAGUUCUCCCACUUAAAAAGAUGAGAGAGGCCUGUAAUUUUCAUCAUAGGUACACGUCAACUAUGACAGACAAAUUGAGAAAAGAAAUUCCAGAAAAUCACAAUGUAGGAUUUUUAAUAAAUUUAUUUGAUGGUGGAAAAUAAGUAUUUGGUCACCUACAAACAAGCAAGAUUUCUGGCUCUCACAGACCUGUAACUUCUUCUUUAAGAGGCUCCUCUGUCCUCCACUCGUUACCUGUAUUAAUGGCACCUGUUUGAACUUGUUAUCAGUAUAAAAGACACCUGUCCACAACCUCAAACAGUCACACUCCAAACUCCACUAUGGCCAAGACCAAAGAGCUGUCAAAGGACACCGGAAACAAAAUUGUAGACCUGUACCAGGCUGGGAAGACUGAAUCUGCAAUAGGUAAGCAGCUUGGUUUGAAGAAAUCAACUGUGGGAGCAAUUAUUAGGAAAUGGAAGACAUACAAGACCACUGAUAAUCUCCCUCGAUCUGGGGCUCCACGCAAGAUCUCACCCCGUGGGGUCAAAAUGAUCACAAGAACGGUGAGCAAAAAUCCCAGAACCACACGGGGGGACCUAGUGAAUGACCUGCAGAGAGCUGGGACCAAAGUAACAAAGCCUACCAUCAGUAACACACUACGCCGCCAGGGACUCAAAUCCUGCAGUGCUAGACGUGUCCCCCUGCUUAAGCCAGUACAUGUCCAGGCCCGUCUGAAGUUUGCUAGAGUGCAUUUGGAUGAUCCAGAAGAGGAUUGGGAGAAUGUCAUAUGGUCAGAUGAAACCAAAAUAUAACUUUUUGGUAAAAACUCAACUCAUCGUGUUUGGAGGACAAAGAAUGCUGAGUUGGGGUGGAAACAUCAUGCUUUGGGGCUGUUUUUCUGCAAAGGGACCAGGACGACUGAUCCGUGUAAAGGAAAGAAUGUAUGGGGCCAUGUAUCGUGAGUUUUUGAGUGAAAACCUCCUUCCAUCAGCAAGGGCAUUGAAGAUGAAACGUGGCUGGGUCUUUCAGCAUGACAAUGAUCCCAAACACACCGCCCGGGCAACGAAGGAGUGGCUUCGUAAGAAGCAUUUCAAGGUCCUGGAGUGGCCUAGCCAGUCUCCAGAUCUCAACCCCAUAGAAAAUCUUUGGAGGGAGUUGAAAGUCUGUGUUGCCCAGCGACAGCCCCAAAACAUCACUGCUCUAGAGGAGAUCUGCAUGGAGGAAUGGGCCAAAAUACCAGCAACAGUGUGUGAAAACCUUGUGAAGACUUACAGAAAAUGUUUGACCUGUGUCAUUGCCAACAAAGGGUAUAUAACAAAGUAUUGAGAAACUUUUGUUAUUGACCAAAUACUUAUUUUCCACCAUAAUUUGCAAAUAAAUUCAUAAAAAAUCCUACAAUGUGAUUUUCUGGAUUUCUUUUCCUCAUUUUGUCUGUCAUAGCUGACGUGUACCUAUGAUGAAAAUUCCAGGCCUCUCUCAUCUUUUUAGUGGGAGAACUUGCACAAUUGGUACUUUUUUCCCCCACUGUACAUCAUUUCAGAGUAAAGGUUCCAGUUGUCUGCCGUCAGGGGCUCCUGUCUGGACCUGUCACAUUUCAACUCCAUUAUGUCCAAUGUAUGUGACUAUUGACUACUAGUAUGUCUAAUGGCUAUGAUAUUAGGAGCAUAAUUCUAGCACAUUUUCAGAGGCUUUAUCAGAGAUUUGUAGGAAGCAGAGCGAGUUGGCUGCAUGGGGUUUGUGUGAACAGCCUUUGAAAUCCAUUCUCUCACAGUAGAUGAAAGGGAACCUGCCCGUCAUGUCACUUCCCCCUUCCCAGCUCUAGUGCACAUCUGGGGUCUGUUCAGAAGGAUGCAACGUUCGGCAACGUUCAGAAUGUUUCACCUCACCUCUGACUACCUGACCCUCUCUUACGCCUCCCCAGGUGCUGUUGCGGCCGUCUGAUUGGUCAGCACGUUGGCCUGCCCCCCGGUAUCUCCUCCAGUCAGAAUGACAAGGCGGAGCGUCUGGCUAAGAAUGACAGCCUAUCAGAGAAAUGGUCAAUCAGCAAACACACCCAGCUCAGCCCCACCGACGCCUUCGGAACCAUUGAGUUCCAGGGAGGCGGCCACUCCAACAAAGCCAUGGUGACCACUUUAUACCUGGGGUUGAAUUAUAUAACACUCCCAUUUCAUAGAUAAAGGGUGGAUAGACAGAUAAGGACAUAUUUAUAAUGUAUUAACAUACAGAUAAGGCCUAUCCACAUGACUGCAGACAAAGAUAUUGAUAAGAGUAAACAAUUCUGAUUCCACUGAGCUCAUUAUAUGUAUGUAAUCAAAUGUAUUGAACAGCUUUACUGUACUUAGCCUUUCACAAAAUAUCUCUCAUUAUAAUCUAUAUUCUACAUUGAUGUUAUACCAAACAAAUGACAGCUAUUGGUUGUUUGUAUGUUCAUUUGCAGUACGUGCGUGUGUCCUACGACACCAAGCCAGACCUCUUGCUGCACCUGAUGACCAAGGAGUGGCAGCUGGACCUUCCCAAGCUGCUCAUCUCGGUGCAUGGGGGCCUGCAGAACUUUGAGCUGCAGCCCAAACUCAAACAGGUCUUUGGCAAGGGCCUCAUCAAGGCUGCAAUGACAACCGGAGCCUGGAUCUUCACCGGCGGGGUCAAUACAGGUGGGCUGGGUGGGUGGAGGCAUGAAAUAGGCCCACUUGCAGGCUAAUAACAACCACGUGCUGUGACGUUGUUACCCAUUAACCCUACGCUUCUGUUUAUCGCUGCUCUUGUGUUGUGUUGUGGGUGAGAAAAAUCAAUACAAGUGUUAAUAAAAAAGUAUUUAUAAAAUGCUUAACCCUAAUGCUCACCCUAACCUUGACCCUAGCCGCAACAUUACAUUUGGGUUUAAUCUGGCAGGCGGGUGGUAACCUCGAAGGGUUAGGUAACAGAAACAGAAAGAGAAGAGAGAAACAGAGGGGCAGAGGUUAGAUAUAAAGGAAGUAAAAAAAUGGGGGGGGGGGGGGGGAGACAGAUGGAGAGAAACAGAAGAAAUAGAGGAAAGAAAAAGAGUUUGGGAAAUUGAUGGAGCGGACGAUUUCGGGGGCAAAAGGAAGUGGACAGUGAGUGUCAAGUAGAGGGAUGAAAUGAGAUUCCCCUCAGGUGUGACUGGGGGGAGAUGGAGAGAGGGGGAGAGAGAUUCUCUCACACUCUCACACUCUCUCUCUCUCUCUCUCUCUCUCUCUCUCUCUCUCUCUCUCUCUCUCUCUCUCUCUCUCUCUCUCUCUCUCUCUCUCUCUCUCUCUCUCUCUCUCUCUCUCUCUCUCUCUCUCUCUCACAUAUCACAAACAUACACUCAGGGGUGAUCCGGCAUGUGGGUGAUGCGCUAAAGGACCAUGCCUCUAAAUCUCGGGGGAAGAUCUGUACUAUUGGCAUCGCCCCCUGGGGCAUCGUGGAGAACCAGGAGGACCUGGUGGGAAAAGACGUAAGUUACAGUGUGUGUGUGCGUGCUUGCGUGAGUGCUUGCGAGUGUGUGUGUGUGUGCCCGUGUUUGUGAGUCAAAUCAAAUGUAUUUGUCACAUGCUUCGUAAACAACAGUGAAAUGCUUACUUACGGGCCCUUCCCAACAAUGCAGAGAGAAAAAAUUAUAACACAAGGAAUAAAUACACAAUGAUAUAUACAUUCUUAGAAAAAAGGGUUCCAAAAGGGUUCUUCAGCUGUCCCCAUAGGAGAACCCUUUUUGGUUCCAGGUAAAACCCUUUUUGGUUCCAGGUGGAACCCUCUCUGGAAAGGGUUCUACAUGGAAUCCAAAACGUUUCUACUUUGAACCAAAAGGGUUCUACCUGGAACCAAAAGGGUUCAUCAAAGGGUUAUCCUAUGGGGACAGACGAAAAACCCUUUUAGGUUCUAUAUAGAUAGCACCUUUUUUUCUAAGAGUGUACACAGGGUACCAGUACCGAGUCAAUGUGCAGGGGUACAAGGUAAAUGAGGUUGAUAUAUACAUAUAGGUAGGGUUAAGGUGGCUAGGCAACAGGAUAGAUAGUAAACAGUAGCAGCAGCGUAUGUGAUGAGUCAAAAGAGUUAAAGGGUCAAUGCAGAUAGUCCGGGCAGCUAUUUGGUUAACUAUUUAGCAGUCUUAUGGCUUGGGGGUAGAAGCUGUUCAGGGUCUUAUUGGUUCCAGACUUGGUGCAUCAGUACCGCUUGCCGUGCGUUAGCAGAGAGAACAAUCUAUGACUUGAGAAGCUGGAGUCUUUGACAAUCUUUAGGGCCUUCCUCUGACACCGCCUGGUAUAGAGGUCCUGGAUGGCAGGGAGCUCGGCCCAGUGAUGUACUAGGCUGUACGCACUACCCUCUGUAGCGCCUUGCGUUCGGAUGCCAAGCCGUUGCCAUACCAAGUGGUUAUGCAGCUGUAUAACUUUUUGAGGAUCUGAGGGCCCAUGCCAAAUCUUUUUAGCCUCCUGGGCUGUCUCAUCGUCGUCGGUGAUCAGGCCAACCACUGUUGUGUUGUCAGCAAACUGAAUGAUGGUGUUGGAGUUGUUCGUGGCCACACAGUUGUUGGUGAACAGGGAGUACAGGCGGGGACUAAGCACGCACCCCUGAGGGGCCCCCGUGUUGAGGGUCAGCGUGGCGGAUGUGUUGUUGCCUACCUUCACCACCUGUGGGCGGACCGUCAGGAAGUCUAGGAUCCAGUUGCAGAGGGUGGUGUUCAGUACCAGGGACCUAAGCUUAGUGAUCAGCUUGGAGGGCACUAUGGUGUUGAACAAGUGCAUGCAUGCGUGUGUACCCAUACUGUAUGUGUGUGUCUGAUACUGUAUUUUUUUGGUGUAUGGGUGUUUUGAUCUAGAGCACUACACCUACAAUAAACUUGACCAGAGAGAGUAUAUUGUCUUUGACAGUUUAUAAUAUUAACCUGCUGAGUAAGCAUAAUGUGUUGAUGAAAACUUUGUCGUGGUCCAACAGGUUGUCCGACCAUACCAGACCAUGUCCAACCCGCUGAGCAAGCUGACUGUGCUCAACAGCCUGCACUCCCACUUCAUCCUGGCCGAUAAUGGGACCACAGGGAAGUACGGUGCUGAGGUCAAACUCCGCAGACAGCUGGAGAAACACAUCUCACUGCAGAAGAUCAACACACGUGAGUGGAGCCCGCCCCUGUCAAUCACACCAAAAGCCAAUGACAGCCUGUGA